GCAGGCAGGCAGGCAGGCAGGCAGCAGCGCUCCGGUGGGGCACCGCCUCGCCUGGGCCAGCCCUGCGCGCCAGCCAGCGGGCCCGGCUCCUCCUCCGCGGGGCGGCCCUCUGCGCCUGCCUGGCUUCCUGCAGGAGAGGAGGAGGAGGAGGAGGAAGGCGGGCGGACGCGCCGCUCAGCCCCGGGAAGCAACGGCGGCGGCGGCAGGAGCGGAGGGGCCGGCGGCGGGCGCAGGGGGGUCCCGCGGGGCGGCGGGGCGCAGGAGGCGCGGCCCACGCUGGCCGCCUCGCCGCUCAGGAUGGCCCGGAAGGUGCCGCGGGCGGAGGUGUGCGCCGACUGCAGCGCCCCAGACCCUGGCUGGGCAUCCAUCAACCGCGGAGUGCUGGUUUGUGACGAAUGCUGCAGCGUCCACCGCAGCCUGGGGCGCCACAUAUCAAUUGUCAAGCACCUCCGGCACAGCCCCUGGUCUGCUACGCUCUUGCAGAUGGUGCACACGCUUGCUAGCAACGGUGCCAACUCUAUAUGGGAACAUUCACUACUUGAUCCAGCUCAAGUUCAGAGUGGGAGGCGCAAGGCAAACCCCCAAGACAAAGUUCACCCCACCAAGUCGGAGUUCAUCCGUGCCAAAUACCAGAUGCUGGCCUUUGUCCACAAGCUUCCAUGCCGGGAUGACGACGGCGUGACUGCCAAGGACCUCAGCAAGCAGUUGCAUUCAAGUGUCCGGACAGGAAACCUGGAAACCUGUUUGCGCUUGCUUUCUCUGGGGGCCCAAGCCAACUUCUUCCACCCGGAGAAAGGAACGACCCCUCUGCAUGUGGCGGCCAAAGCGGGCCAGAUCCUUCAGGCCGAGUUGCUUGUGGUAUACGGAGCUGACCCAGGAGCCCCCGAUGUGAACGGCCGCACCCCCAUCGACUAUGCUAGGCAGGCAUCCCAACAUGAGUUGGCCGAACGGCUAGUGGAGUGUCAAUAUGAGCUUACAGACAGGCUGGCCUUCUAUCUCUGUGGGCGCAAACCAGAUCACAAGAAUGGGCAUUACAUCAUUCCGCAGAUGGCAGACAGCCUGGACCUUUCUGAAUUGGCAAAGGCAGCCAAGAAGAAAUUGCAAGCGCUUAGCAACCACCUUUUUGAAGAACUGGCCAUGGACGUCUAUGACGAGGUGGAUCGUCGGGAAAAUGAUGCAGUUUGGCUCACAACGCAGAACCACAGUACUCUGGUGACGGAGCGCAGUGCCGUGCCCUUCCUGCCAGUGAACCCCGAAUACUCCGCAACACGCAAUCAGGGUCGGCAGAAACUUGCCCGCUUCAACGCCCGGGAAUUUGCCACUCUUAUCAUCGAUAUCCUAAGCGAGGCGAAGCGUCGACAGCAAGGGAAGGGUUUGGUCAGCCCCACAGAGACCCUCGACUCCGGUCUGCACGGUCCCAACGACGUUGACGACCAGCACGACUACGACAGCGUUGCCUCGGACGAAGAUCCCGACCAGGAACCUCUGCGAGGGGGGAACGCUGCUCGCAAUAACCGGGCCCGGAGCAUGGACUCUUCCGACCUUUCCGACAGACCCCACAUCACCCCUGCAGGUACUUGGAGGUGAAAGGCCUUAGCCACAGCCGAAGCAAAGGGUCAGCAACUCAUGAAAGUGAAUAACAGCUUGAGCGACGAACUGCGUCGGUUGCAGAGAGAGAUUCACAAGCUGCAAUCAGAAAACAUGCAGAUCCGUCAGCAGGCGGGCCAAGUCCACCCUGUGGCGCCCCCGGCCAGUGAACGCCCCGAGCACAGCCACGUUGCUCUGCCUGCCGCCGCCGCCCAUCGGCGUGACAUACCGUUCUCCAUGCUGAGCGGGCAGUGCUUCUGAAACCCCUUUAGACGGCAACCCGGUGUAGACGACAGUGACCAGCCUGCGCCGCCGUUCCACCCGGGGGAGUUGGACGAUGAGGCCAUGUAUUCGGUGCACAAUCCGGCCGGCAUAUACCGGGUGAGGAAUCUUUGGGUGCUGGGGGGAAGUCCUAGAUCUAUGCCUUUUCCUCCCAUCUUCUCCCUCAUGUCAUGUCAAUCAGACGAAAGAAAACAUAUGCCUGGGAAACUGGACCGCCAUGGCAGUGGUAUGCGGACAGACUAUGACCCCGCUGUCUCUGCUGGGCUUCUCCCCUUUCUUAGCAUGGACGGGAAAGCUUCCCUGGAUCUGGCAAGGAAUGACGACUUGCACCCUGAACCGGAGCCCCUGGAAGGGGACCUGGACCCAGGAGGCUGUACGGAGAGCGUCAUCUCAAGGCCGGGCAAGGUCACCAAGAAUAUCCAGGAACUGCUGCGGGCCGCUCAAGAGUUCAAGCACGACAGCAGCUUCGUCCCCUGUUCGGAGAAAAUCCACAUGGCCGUCACGGAGAUGGCAUCGCUUUUCCCCAAGAAACCAGCCCUGGAGACCGUGCGCAGCUCCUUGCGCCUCCUCAACGCAAGCGCAUACCGGCUGCAGAGCGAGUGUCGGAAGACCGUGCCCCCUGAGCCGGGGGCUCCCGUGGACUACCAGCUCCUGACACAGCAGGUCAUCCAAUGUGCCUACGACAUUGCCAAGGCGGCCAAGCAACUGGUUACCAUCACGACCCGCGAGAAGAAGCAGUGAACGGGGCUGGGGGCUGGGGGGUGGGGGUGGGCUUUUCCCUUCUCUGCUCCUCAGCUGCCUGCAUCAUUUCCCAACCCAGCUUGGGCAGAAGGUGGAAAGCUUUGCACCUCGGGACUGUAAAUAACCAGGGACCGGACUGGCGCCCCAGGAGCGCAGAGUGGGGGGUGGGUUACGCCGUGCAGUGAGGAAGCCCUCCGAUAAAUACUCCUCCCCCACCUAUAGGGGAGCCCCCCUGGGGGAACUGGAGCCAACCCCCCCCCCCGCCUGCUCACCUUUCCCCCCCAACCCUCCUGAUGUAUAGUGCGUAGAACCGUAUGUACGUGUCUUCCUCUCACCCGACCCGUGCGUGUGCACGCAUAUUUUAUACCUAUAAAAUAUGUGAGUGUGUAUAUAGGUCUAUCGCUAUAGAAACACCAAACUGUAUUUAUCUCAUGGAUCCCCCACUCCCAAAUAGUGUUAACACUGGAAAUUAAGGUCUGGGUGCUGCAGCUACUGGCUAAUGCCACCCCCACACACCCCCUCGGUGUAACCCUUUCCUGUCUUCUCCUUUUCUUCCCUUCUUUGCUCUGGGACUGCCCUCGUAAGCACUGGGAGGGAGGGGGUCUGCUUUCAGCAUGGGCACACACCUUGGUUGGCACUGCUGGCGCCCCCCCCCCAAACUCUGAGGGGGGUGGGUGGGAGACUCUCGCCACUAAGUGAGGCAAGACGGGGAGGGCGUUCUUUGUCCAGCCGUGGGGAGGGGCGGCUGCUGUAGCAGCGACAUCUGAGCAACUGUUCUGGAAUCUCGUUCGUCCUGUAAAUUUGUAACAAAUAAAGAUGUGAACAUGGGGGAA